AUGGAUAACAUUGUUGGGAUAAUCCUUGCAGCUACUGUGCUAGCACUAACCGUUCUCGUGUGCCGUCUCAGCAGAUCAGAUAAAAAUGGCGGCGCACCUGUAAACUGGCCUGUGCUGGGCAUGCUGCCUUCACUGCUAUGGAAUCUCUGCAACUUCUACGAAUGGGUAACCCCAAUAGUCAAUAGAAAUGGUGGAACUAUAAAAUUUAGCUCUGGUUUUUGCCCCACAAGUACUCAGAUCAUCACGAGCAACCCACUAAAUUUAGAGUACAUUCUAGUGAAGUCUCAGAGCCUGCCAUGUUUUGUAAAAGAUGAAGCAUCACUGGAGCACCAGAAGCAGGCCAUUGCCUCAACAUCAAGCAGAAGCAGAUUCGACAUAAAUUUGAUGCAAAAACUAGCUGAACAAAAAGUUAUAUCAGCUCUGGAUGAGGCCUGUAAAAGAGAUACUGCCCUGGAUCUUCAAGAUUUAUUGCUUAGAUUUGGUGUAGAUUAUGCAUGUCUGGUUGUUUUAGGGAAUGAAAAGUUGGGUUCUUUAGUUUCUGAGUUUUCCAAAGCCUAUGAGGAAGCCAUGGAAACAUGGGCUUAUAGCUUCAUGAUUUCUACUAAAUAUUACAGUCAGAAGUACAUGACAGCCCUCAAACUGUCACAACAAUCUGCAUCAAAAAUAAUGGUGGAAUGCAGAGAAAUACAAGAUAUGGGUAUCAAAGAUCAGAGGCAAGGUUUUAUUUUUCCUGGUUUUACUGGGUCAUUGCAGGAUUUAUUAAUAAGUACAGUUGUGGGUUGCAGGGUUAUCUGUGCAUCUGCAAUGUGUUGGUUUUUCUGGCUUGUGAGCAAACACCCAGAAGUAGAAGAUGAAAUCAUGUUAGAACUCUCUGAACUUUUGCAGAAUGAUAAUGGUGAUGAUACAAGUGAUAAGGCUGACUUUUUUCCUGUGGAUAAAUUGAAUGGCAUGCAGUAUUUAGAGGCGGCAUUGUGUGAAACCCUGAGGCUUUAUCCACCUUUUCCUCUUGGUCAUAUGAGGGCUAUGGAAGACAUGGUUCUUCCAGAUGGUACCUCUGUGCAAAAGGGGUGUGGAAUUUUAUAUUUGAUAUAUGGUGCUAACAGGAUGGAGAAUGUAUGGGGAAAAGAUGCCUCAGAGUUCAAACCAGAGAGGUGGAUUCAAGAUGGGAUUUGUGUGAAAGAAUUGGAUUUUUGUAAGUAUCCUGUCUUCGGUGCAGGGCCUCUGGGAGCUUGUCUUGAUAUGGCCAAAUGCCUGGCUGCCAAUAUCCUUGUGCGUUACCAUGUGACCGUGGAGGAGGAGUUCCCUGUUGAGGCUAAGUUGGGAAUGAGUCUGACCAUGAAGUAUAGACUUGAGGUCUCCUUGAAUAGCAGAGAAGAUGAGCUUCAAUAUGCCUAA